AGGCUCUUUCGUCAAAGUAACAGCCUUCGGGACAUUCGAAAAUCUAAAAAGGAAGUAAAAGGAAAACCUUCGCAACCACUCAGUCUUAGCAAAUAAAAUAGUCUCUUUUUAGAACCCAAACGUCCCAAAAGAAAAGAUCGUUUAAUUUUGAUGUGAAAGCAAGUUUGGUAGUGUUCAAAACGAAAGUGCAAAGGGAAACCCCCCUUGCCAUAGGAAAGAAAGAAAGAAAUUCAUCAGUGAAACGUUUGUGUCUUGAGCGCAGAGUGCAAAGUAGGUCACCGCCGUAAGGGAUUUCGCUUGCCGUGUCUUCAUCUAGCGAACAUAUCCUUAAAUUUUUUUUAGCGUGAAAAGGGCAGCAGGAUUUGAGCAGUCGUUUAAUACUGAGGCUCGGAAAAUAUCAAAUCAAAUUAGCUCGAAAUUUUGGGUGCUUAAGAGAAUAACUCACCGCAGCCAACAAAGAAUCGAACAAGGAAUCAUCUUGGUUUCGAAUAAGGGGUUAUCUAGGAGGCAAAGUAGAGUGCACAUCUCAUACUGAAGUGACAAAAGGAAGAUUAUCAGUAUUAACCCAUAAUGACAGAAGUUUUCUGUUUGGCACCAGAUUGAAAACUGCUGACGGGAUUUCGUUUUGGAUUUUGGAACACAUACAAAGUUUACAGCAAAGAAGUAACAUCCUACCCCUGUGCGCAGAAUUAUGAUAUAAUGUCCGAUAACGUACCAGAGCGUAUCCAAGAAACUUGCGUCGAUGACGACCAUUACAUGGUGGAUAUUUUCAGUUAUGUACGACCAGCGACAAACGGGGGCACAGGAUCACUACACCAACUAGUCAUGUACGUCACCAGGGCCUUGGAGGAUUCUGGCCGCUUAGACGUUCUUAAAGAGAUCCAAGGUGAUCAAAACGUAAAGAGGAUAUACUCAAACAGUUUCCGAUGGAAGAAAACGCAAGGGGAAAAACUCUUUGCGUGUUUAUCCUUGGAGGACUUUCACGCCAAGAAGGAGCUUGAAAGGAAGAAGGUUGACCAUAUGAAGCUGGCAGAAAAUGUCGUUUGCAGCUUGCCAGUCAGCGACGCCUCGAUGAUGAAAGCUAAAAUAAAGUUAAUGAAUGAAGAUGAAGAGAAUAUCUUGGAGAUUGGAGAGAUGCACGUGGACCUCUUAACAUUUCAGGGCGGCGAAACACGUGCUGGGGAGGAGCACGAGUUUAAAGACAAUGAACCAGUUGAACAAGAUAUAGCAACUUAGGGUACAAUCUGUAUUUUAAGAUGAUCUUAGGUUUAAGGUGGAAGAGAAGGCGACUAGUUUGUAAAGACAUUUUAGCUUUGUUUUAAUGCAAUUAAUUUUCUCUCAACUCUACUAGAGAAUGUCAAAAAAUGGUAAAAUCGUCGAGAUUCAGCGUCACCCAUUCUCAGCUAAUAUGGAAAAUUGAUUUUGAACUUGUAAUUGUCUUUCUCCCAGACAUUUUAACGAGAAGACCGGUUGGUUUGUUUAUAGUGAUUUUUUAUCUUUCUAUUUGUUAUUCCAGCUAAAACUAGGCCGUGGCUGUGACGAGAGGCAGUAGGUUAGGUAAACUUUGAGCGGCAUUGAUCCCUUUGCUUCGUUGCUCGUGUUUUUAAGAUUAAAAUUGAGUAAGGAAGAUGAUUUUGUAGGAAGGCAUUCUAAAAGCUUUUUCUAGAACAUGAACCACCAUUUGAACAAAUUUUAUCAAGCGCUCCAGGAAAGGAAAACGGUGCAGUGUGGACAUUGUUGUGAAACGAAAUAAAAAGGUAUUUUAGUCGGCAGGGCAGAGAGCUACAAAAGAACUAACGAGCUGAUCCAAGAUUCCAAUCAUUUAAGAGAGACUCAUUUUUUCUGAAGGUUUUUGUUGUCGCUGCUAAAUUAUACACUUCGCAGUUGGUAUUUAACCAAAUUAAAGUUGAAGGUGUCACUGGUAUGCAUCCUCAAGAAAUUCUUCCUUUUAUGGCGUUUUAUUCAGUGUUGAGUUGUGAUUAAAUAUCUUUUGAAUGUUUGAACGAGAUAGGAACAACCUUAGAUGUACGAGUCGCUUUGCAAUUGUGUGGGAUACAGCUGUGUAAAGGCUUUUCAAAAAAUACGUUCCUUAUAGCGUAACAGAAAAAGGUACCAUAUUACAAACGUCUUAUAGGAAGACAAAUGCGUAAAUUUACUAAUAUAAUGAUCUAUUAUGCUUUAUUUCUAGAUUUCUUGCUUGAAAGGUAGGGUAUUGUUUUGAAUAUCAAUCGUGUAUUUUGCAGCCAUUUGUUAAUAGGUUUUGAAGAAGAAAUAUAGUUCAAUUGGCAUGAAAAAAAGAAAUUAAAUAAAACACAAAAACACCAGGUGAUGAUUUUUUUAAAGAAAAGCUGCUGUGCCAAGUUAGGAAAUCAGGAUGUAUAUUGUCGUAAAUGGCCAAGCACUUCCAAAAGGUUAAACAUGAAUUUUGAACAUGAACUUUGAACUUUGAACUGAAUAACAAGGAAAUAGAGUGCUUGAGCUCCUCCCCACCCUCAAAAUAAAAAAAAGUUUUGCAAAGAGAAUAAAAAGGCAUGUUUAAACAUUUUGGUCAGAGGAAAAUAACCAUACAACUGCAUGCAUUGCUUUAUGGAUUAAAGAAAAACACGAGCGUUUUGGUGUCAGGAUAAUUUUGAGUUUUUCUUUUUUUUAAUGCAAAUGCCUUGAGUGGAGCAUGAGUAAAACUCGAAGUUCUCCCUUAUACUCGUUAGGCUGCGAAGCCCGGCAUAAAUUAGGUUACUAAUCUAGUCCCUGUAAAGGAUUGAAUUUGAUCCCAAAUGCAUGUGUGACAUUGUGGAAUAAAUGUUAUUUGAAACAGUGGAUGAUGACGAAUUGAUCAUCGCCGGUAAAUUAGCUGUAUUUCGGUGCCACCACAGAUACCGACGCCUGAAAGAAAUUAGGCGAGCUGUGCUUGAACGCUGCGUAAUUCUACUAACUUAGCCUCCAAGCAGCAUGGUAGGGGAAAACAAGGAAAACAAAAAACAAAAAACAAAAACAAAAAAACAAAAACAAACAAAAAACAAAACAAAACAAAAAACAAAACAAACAAAACAAAACAAAACAAAACAAAAAAAAAACAAAACCAAUAAAAAAGACCACAACUAUGUUACUCGAAUCGAUCUAGUUUGACAAAAGCUUUUAGACGAAUUUUUGUGUUGAGUGUGAUUAAACAUAUUGUUGAAAAUGUGAAUCGGCACUAGCACAUAAAAUACUCUCAAUGGACCAUGCUAGUUGAGAAUGGGUGUUAGCAAUGAUAACAUAGGUUAAA